AUGAAGCUCGCUCUCGCUCUCAUCCCGGCCCUUGCUGGCCUCUCUGUUGCUGACGACGUUGUCUCUCUACUGCUCUACGGCGUCGACCGCGAUUCCGCACCCGAGUUCGAGGUGACGCUUCUUGGGAGUGACAAAACCGCGACUAGCUACAGUCUGGGCUGUCCCGAAACUUACACCUCCGGGCAGGCCUGCACCGCCCCGGCUCGCGGCGGCUUCACGGCCGAGGUCAUCAAUAGCAGCACGUAUGCGUGGUGGAAGUCCGGAUCAGAGAGCGAUACAACAUGGGGCUGUACAGCCUCUGCAACAGACGAAGCCGCCUGCCACCGCACCAUCAGCGGAGAGGACCAGGGGGUCACUGCCUCCUUCACAAACUACAUGUCCGUCACCGUGACGGCCACCGCGACCGAGACGGGAUCCUCAUCUGCUUCUGAGACCAGCAGCACUGCCUCGGACGGACCCUCUCCCACCGCAACUCCCAGCGCGGAUGGCGAUGAGGAGGAGGAUACUGCCUCGGAGACUUCGACAGGUGGUGUGCCUAAAAUGACGGGCGCGGCUGGCUUGGUUUUUGGCGGUGCGGCCGCUGCGGCGUUUAUGGGGGCUGUCCUGUAA